UCACCCUUCCCCAUAUAUAUUUUUUUCAUUAUUAUAAUACAUGAACAAAACAUGAAAGCUAGUCAUAAACUUUUACUCCCAUACUCCUGUCAUAAACCAAGCCCCAUACUUUUCUUUUUCUCUACCAAGAUUUAUCAAACACACCUGUAGAACCCUAUCUACCCCACCCCCACUCACUCGUUCCCCUCUCCCUCACUCUAUGAUGUUCAGCCGGCCACCACGGUUGGUGGCGGCGCUUGAUGGUGGCGGCGACGGGACCAGGGUGAGAGACGGAGAAAGAGCCAAUGAGAGAGAAAACGGAGAGAGAUAGAGAUCCGCGGAGGAGAGGCGACGACAUCGCCGUCUGCAGCGGCGGUGGGUCUCGCCGGAGUUAACAGUGGCGGUGGCGACGAUGUCUUUUCCGCCGGUAGUUUUUCAGGAUGGUGGUGGUGAUCUAGGUAGUGUUGUUAGUUUUCUGAUGGCUCGGGUUAACUUGGUCAGAAGAUGGGUUCGAGAUUUGGUUCGGUUCGUUUCGAGGGUUCAGGUUUUGGUCAACAGAAGUCAACGGUUCGGGAGUCAACGGGUCAAAGUUUCGGGUUGGUCAAUGUUGGUCAAAGUCAGCAGGUUCGGGUCAGAUCCAGAGUUGUUCGGGUCAAGCUUCGGCUCAGAUUCAGUUUUAGCACGGUUCGGUCGACUCGGUCAAACCGAGUCAAUGUGGUCAAACCAGUCAACCAGUCAGCUUUGGUCAACACCGGUCAACUGAGGUUAAACUCAGUCAACACGAGAUGCGACCUGUGUUUCUUACAGGAUAGGGAUGGAGUUAACGUUGUGACAUAUGGAGUGUUGGUUGUAUCCUUAUGGAGUUAUGCUCGAUAUGUAUAUGCGCUAAUAUUACUGAUAUGCGCUAAGAAGUUCAUACUCCAAAAGAUGAAAAGAAUACCAAGAUGCAUUGCUAUCAAUAUGAUUGAUUUUGGUUGCACAACGUAUGAUCGUCCGGACCAGAACUACAUAGUGUCAACACGCCAUUAUCGGGCACCAACAGUUAUAUUAGGGUUGGAUGGAGUUACCGUUGUGGCAUUUGGAGUGUUGGUUGUAUCCUUGUGGAGCUAUGCUUGGGUGAAGCUUUGUUCCAAAUACACGGGAAUCUUGAACAUCUUGCUAUGAUGGAAAUGGUACUUGGAUUUUUACCUCAGCACAUGUUGAGGAAAGCAGUGCGAGUAUUUUCGCCGUUGAUAUGACAACAUUUUUUUUGUAAUUCUUAGGCAAAACCGGCGGGUUGGAUAUCAAUACAUUUUACGAAUUUAGAGAUGCUUAUUUUUGUAAUAAUCACGAUUGCAAAUAACAUAUCACUUAAAAUAAAGUAGUUAGAAGAUUGUAUGAUGA